UUCAAUUAAUGAUGUCAGUCUGAAAGAGAACUCCAUAUUGUAGUUUCAUGUAGGGUUUUUAGAUGAUCUAUCUUUUUACAUAAUUUAUAUAUACAUACGAAAUAUACGUUAUUUCAUUAGCUUCUUUAUAACCAUUAUUAGUUCAGUGCAAAGGUUUUGCUGUCAUCUCUUAGGAAAUCUACGUCUCAAGAGAAACUUUGCGAAGUGAGGGGAUGUUCCCGGUGGAUACAGCUGCUGCACCUCACUGACCCCAGCGGUGACCCCAGCAGUGACGGCCAGUAGAGUGAAGCCCUACCUAAGUGGACAGCCUGGCAUCCAGGGGCAAGAUGGGCUCAGAGGAGAGGAACUCAGUCAUGUCUCACAAGAUCUCCUCCCCUUCACGCAGCAACAGCAGCUCCUCCUCCAAACACGACAGUCGUCAGGACAUUUGGGAGAUUGUUGAGGGACUGCGUGGAGGUCACAGUAACGUCCAGGAGCCCCAGAAACAGGAAGGAUACAUGUUGAAGAGGAGGAAAUGGCCCAUGAAGGGCUGGCACAAGAGAUACUUCCACCUGGACAAGGGCAUCCUGAAGUAUGCCAAGUGUUGUGCUGACGUGGACAAGGGGAAGUUGCACGGACGCAUUGACGUGGGCCUCUCCGUCAUGGCAAUAAAGAAGAAGUCCAAGUGCAUUGAUCUGGAUGCAGAGGAAAACAUCUAUCACCUGAAGAUCAAGUCUCAGGAUCUGUUUGAUGAAUGGGUGUCUAAGCUGAGACACCACCGCCUCUAUCGUCAGAACGAGAUCACCAUGUUCCCCAAUGAGAAGGCCUUGUACCACUCUCACUUCUCCUCACCAGGCUCUCCUAGUAUAGCUGAGAGACAGCGCCAUGUUUCACUGGCCAGACAGGCAUCGGUCAGCGCCGCAGGCAGCUUCCCUGUGACCUGCACCAGUCAAGCCAAGGUCGCAGCCUGGCUGCAGUCCUCAGACGACAUGGACAAGUGCUCCAAAGAUCUGUCAGUGUGUGAGUCCUACCUACUGGAACUGAAUCACCUGCUCCAGAGCAUGGAGGUCCUCCAUCGAACCUACUCAGCACCCACAAUCCACGCGCUACUGCAGGCUUCUACGUAUGACAGUCCCAAGAAGGACAAAAGACCCCUGAGGAAAUGGAGAGGUUCUAAAAAUGAUGGAAAAGACGCCAAAACCACACUGCAGGUUCCUGGCUUUGUCUCUGUUGGCUCCAUCCGUCUCCACGCCUCCAACCCCAACCUUUCCACCGCAGCCCUGGGCAACGAGAAGACCUACCCUGAACCCCCCUACAUGGACUCCCCCUCCCCGGUAGAUGUAGCCAAACUACAAGAGGAUUUCUACCGCAUCGCUAACAACCUUCAUGAGUCCAUGAAGACUGCCCUGGGCUCCCUGACGUCGGAGAAGGAGAGGAUGCGACAGGUGAUGGACCACCCAGACACGCCUCAGGUCAUGGGCUUGAAGAACGCUCUGUCCUCGGCUAUAGCCCAGAACUCUGAACUGAGAGAGCGACUGGGCAACAUUCACACAGAGUCGUGCUGCGUCACAGAGGCUUCCCCUGGGCUCGUAAACCUCUCUGGUCCCCUGCAGAAGCAAGACUCCAAAGAUGGAUCCCACCCCCUGGUUCACCAGGUAUCCAAUGAGAGCAGAACAUCUAUCACUGAGUCUCUGUCGGAAUUCUUCGAUGCUCAGGAAGUUCUGCUGUCCGCCAGUUCCUCGGAAAACGAGGCCUCUGAAGAUGACUCAUACAUCAGCGACAACGUCAGUGACAGCGUAUCCAUGGACAACUUCAACAACGAGGCGGACAGAGACAGGCCGAACUCAGGCUGUGUGGAGAACGGGAUCUCUGUGGGGAGACGCAGGGCUCGCCUCCCGUCACCCAGUCCCAACACCAGCAACAUCAGCCUGUGGAACAUCCUGAGGAACAACAUAGGGAAAGACCUUUCCAAGGUGGCCAUGCCUGUUGAGUUGAACGAGCCUCUCAACACACUCCAGAGACUCUGUGAGGAGCUGGAGUACAGCGAGCUGCUGGACAGAGCGGCUAACACACAGGACCCUUUUGAGCGCAUGGUGUACAUAGCCACGUUUGCCGUUUCGGGGUAUGCGUCCAGCUACCACCGGUCAGGGGGGAAGCCCUUCAACCCCGUCCUCGGGGAGACCUACGAGUGCGACCGCCCCGACAAAGGCUUCCGCUUUGUAGCAGAACAGGUCAGCCAUCACCCCCCUAUUUCAGCAUGUCAUGCCGACUCGAAGAACUUCAUAUUCUGGCAAGACAUGAGGUGGAAGAACAAGUUCUGGGGGAAGUCGAUGGAGAUCGUCCCCGUUGGCACAACACAUGUGAUUCUGCCUGGGUUUGGGGACCACUAUGAAUGGAACAAGGUAACGUCCUGUAUCCACAACAUCCUGAGUGGCCAGCGCUGGAUCGAACACUACGGAGAGAUCUCCAUCAAGAACUCCGGCUCGGAUAUCUGCCAGUGUAAAGUCACCUUCGUCAAGGCCAAGUACUGGAACUCCAGUGUGAACGAGGUGGAGGGCUCCAUCACAGACCACAAGGGCAAAGUCAUCCACCGACUGUUUGGGAAGUGGAACGAGGGGAUGUACUGUGGAGACCCGCCCUCUGCCACCUGCAUCUGGAGAGCAAAUGCCAUGCCGGCUGACCACGAGCAGUACUACGGCUUCACAAAGUUUGCCAUGGAGCUCAACGAGCUGGACCCGUCGCUGAAACUACUGCUGCCUCCCACAGACACACGGCUACGGCUAGACCAGAGGCUGCUGGAGGAGGGCAACUUAGAGGCCGCGGAGGAGCAAAAACAGAAGAUCGAACAUCAGCAGCGAGACCGACGCAAAGUCCUGGACGAAAAUGGCAAGGCCCAUCAGCCCAGAUUCUUCAGGAAAUCAAAAGAGGACACAUGGGUUAGCAACAACACCUACUGGGACCUGAGGAGGACCCCAGGCUUCGUCCACAUGGACUGCCCCAUGUUGUGGUGACCUCCAUUUAAACCUCACUAGAUAAUGUGACUUUGGCGCCUGUUUUGCAUUCAUUAGUAUGAACCAAAUGAGAAGCUACAAAUCAACUUCCAGUUGGAUAAGUGACCCUUGUGUUCGUUUUCUCCUGCAUAACCAACAUUCACUACGUUGCGCUAAUGAUGGAAGACAAAGUUUGGACUUCCUGUAACUCCUGUAACCCAGGCCGGCUCUGGGUACUGGAGACCAACUGCUCUACUGUAUCACUGGAUGCUAUGGGUCCACGUAGAGCACCAUACUGUGAGGGUAAUCCAGAGGAGCAACAUUUGGGGCACAGACACCAUCUAAGAUUCUGCCCAUCUACUAGCCAUCAUUCCCCUUGUACGCUUGUUGCUGGUUUAUCUUUGGUUGCGUUUUUCAUUUUUAAUUCGACAGUUUGUCAAGUUUAUUGCCUUAACAGACACAUUUUAUCCAAGUAAUGUAUUGUAGCAUCUUUAUGGAAGCAUACACUUCAGACAUAGAGACAAUUAUGCAAGACAGCAUCCCGUAUUUUCACCUGUGGUGUCUAAAUGGGCAAAACACGAGCACAGAAGAAAUACUGUCUGCUUCAUCAAGGUCCUAAGGAAUGAAUAUCUACCCUCGUUGGUUGUGAAAAAUUCUCUUUCAAUAUUACUGCUCCAUGCUAACUUAGUAACAUAGUCUACAUUAGCAAAGCUUCUUCCAGUACAAUGCAGUCUUAAAAGGAUAGUUUGUUUAUAUAUAUUCUCAGAGUCAGAGAAACGUGGAUACCAUGAAACUUGAUAACCACAAGAGCAUAUGAUAUCAAGUUUAUCUCACUCUAGGGAUGUACUGUAGAUAAAGGGCCUAAAUCCCAAACUAUUCCUUUAAAACCUGUAGUUUUCUACCUCUGAGAAUAAAUUACAUGGUACUUGCAAAACUUUUAAUAGUUAGUACAAGUCAGAUACUGUAUAUAUUCUGCACCUAUUUAAUGCCUUAAUGGUGGAACUACAGUCAUGGCCAAAGGCAUUGGCACCCUUGCACUUUAGUCAAAUACUGCACCAUCUCUUCUACCAAACUGUUGAAAUUCGGAAAUCUUUUGCCGUCCACUUAUGCAUUUCUUUGGUGUAAAGAUGGUUGGAAUGGUGACCUUAUUCAACUCCCACGCUGAUUCAAGCUGACCUUCGGACACAAUGACCAACCGUUUCAACUUGCACCAUCCGUCACUGACAAGAAGCAGCAGGAAGCUAAUCCACAGCUAUAGGAAGCACUUCAAUCAAUCACAUUUAUUUCAUAAAGCCCUUUUUACAUCAGUAGUCACAAAGUGUUUUACAAAACACCUGGCCUGAAACCCCAAAGAGCAAGCAACAACAGUGUUGAUGCAGUGUCUAGGAAAACCUCAAUAUGAAGGGCCGAAACUUAGGUAGAAACCUAUAGAGAAACCAGGCUCUAAGGGGUGGCCAGUCCUCUUCUGGCUGAAAUUGUAAUAUUUGAUAAAUGCAUGUGGGCUGUGUCCAGAGUCUGU